AUGAAUGGCGGAGGGGAACAGCAGCAACGACAGCAACACGUCAAUAUCGUCGUCCGGCAGCCGCCGCCACAACAACAGCCAUCUUCUAUCAAUGGAAUCAAUGGAGGAUAUCAACCAUCACCGCCACAACAGCAACAACCACAGCAAAGGGAAAUGCUUCUUGUGCCUAGACAAGACGGUCAACCGGGAAUGCGACGUAUCCCCGUGAUUCGCGGCGCGCCAACCCAACAACCCCGCCGAAUCCUUGUCGUCCGAAAAGCCGAUGGAUCAACGCAAUACUUUGAGACGGAAGCUGUGCCUGGCCCGAAUGGAGAACCCGGCAAUCGGGUGCUUCGACGGAUCACCGAAAAUGAGGCUCGACCUGGCGGGGCUGGCGCAAGACCCCCACAACCACAACUCUAUCCACGACGCCCGUUCUUGAAUGAGGGUCAACGUGUGCAACAACAACAGUUCCGCCCUCCCGUGCAACGAGUGCUGAUGAAUAAUGCCAGACGCAAUCUCUACGAUCGCAUACAAAAACGCCACAACCCGGAUCGUAGCGUCCAUUUUGAAGUGGAUGAUGCGAUGGGAGAGGGAAGAGGUGAGAUGAAGCCCCCAGGAAUGUCGUCCGCCUCAUCCUCCCUCCUUCAAUCCUCUUCUCGCCCUCCACACGCCGGCCAAGGAAUGCUCUCCAGAAGAAUCGUCGAAGCCCCGAUUUUUCCCGAGCAUUUAUGCAAAAAUCUACAGCCUCGGCCCAACGAUUCGUCCGAUACGAAAUGCAUUAAAUUGGUGCUAGAAUCGAUGAUCUCGCAAGUAUGCCGCUGGGAUAAACACUAUGGAUGGGCUCGGAAGAUCUACCUGAAGCAGAAUGAGAUCAUGAUAUCGGAGAAUAUUGAUCAUAUCCGGAAGGAGAUCAACAAGAGGAGGAGCGAGCUGGAAUCUCGUGCCGAAGCGGAGCUGCGACCGAGGUGUUGCCGAAAAUUGUUCCCGAAAAAUCAGAGCAUCGACCUGAAAAAGGCAAAAGAACAGCAGCAACAACAACAGCAGAAGAACGCGGAGCAGCAGCAGAUGAUCAACCCGGCCGAUAUCAGCCUGUCCGGGGAUGAUUGGGGGCAAAAGCCGAUCAAACAAGAGGAAGAUACGGCAAAUGGGGAUAGCCAACGCGGCGACAGAGAUACCUCCAAAAAGGUGAGCUCUGAUGAUGAGAGCGAUAGCGGAGGAAUUCUAAUGCACAUCCCGCCCCACGAAGCACGAUCGAGAGGGAGACCGAGAAAAGAAGAGGGAGAGAGGAGGAGAAAGGAGGCCGAGGAAAAAAUCCGCAAGCUGCGCGCCGAGGGAAGUGACGUGCGGAAUAUGAUCGAUCCCACUGAGCUGCACUGUAUUUGUCGACAACCGUUUGACGAUAGAAAGUUCUAUGUGGCCUGCAGCCAAUGUAGCCAAUGGUUCCACGGAAAGUGUAUAGGGCUCAGCGAGAAGAGGGCAAAACGCCUGUGCCAAUUCAUCUGCCACGACUGUCGUGCUCCUGAGAAUGAGGACAGCGAAAUGGAGGGAGAGGCCUUCAAACAAGCCGCACAUCUCGAUGGGGCUGACGAUGAAGAAGUCGAUAUUGAAGGGGAAAUUGAACAAAUGGAGCGAGAACGCGCCCGGAUCCACGUGAAAGAAGAGAGCCAUGAUGGAGGGGAGGAGGAGGAGGAAGAGGGGAAAGAAGAGGAGGAAGAGCCCCUCUACUGUAUCUGCCAUACACCCUAUGAUGAUACCAAAUUCUACGUUGGCUGCGACAACUGCCCGAAUUGGUUCCACCCGUCUUGCGUUGGCAUUACUGAAAUCGAAGCGCAGACGGUGGAGAAAUUCUUGUGCCCAGACUGUACGGAUUCCGAGGGGUUGGAACAACAACAACAUCACCAACAAGGACCCAUGGAUGAGAAGCA